UGCAGGUGUUCUAAGAAGCGAGGGAAAGAUAUUUUUUGUGCACUGAAUAAUAAAGAACUUUUCUUUAGGUAAGAUGAUGAAAUCUUCUUUAGGGGAGGUCACGGCUGUUUUUUGCCUUAUACAGAUUAUCAUAUGUGUCUUAGCAGAAGACGAUUUGGCAGAAUUUGACGAAAAGCUUAUUCUUACUCAGUUAGGGAGAACAAAGACAGACAGAGGACAACUUCUGUUCGAGGGCGACAUCAUAGAUGAUUCCUCUAAAAAACAAGAUUCAAUGAAGGCACUACCGAAUAAAGGGUCUUUAUGGUUAGAUAGGAUUAUACCUUACGAGUUUCACAGCUCUGUUAAUAAAAGUACAGGUAAUACGAUUCGAUCGGCAAUGGACGAAUGGGAAAAGAAAACAUGCUUGAAGUUUGUACCUAGAACAAAUCAAAAACAAUUCUUAAGAUUUCGAACUGAUGCCGGAGGCUGUUUUACAUUUGUCGGAAAAAAGAAUAUGGAAGGACAAGACGUGAAUCUUGGUCCAGGAUGUGAGCAUCUGCAAAUAACAAUGCAUGAGAUAGGUCACUCUCUGGGAUUUUACCAUGAGCAUUCGCGACGUGACAGAAGCGAAGUGAUCAAGAUAUUGUGGCACAACAUCGAGAAAGGCAUGGCAAGUCAAUUCAGACCUGGAAAUGAUAACGCCAAAGGAGUGCCUUAUGACGUGACAUCAGUCAUGCAUUACAGCCCUAUGUCUUUUAGUAGUCACAUAUUUGAAAAAAAUACGAUGGUCUCGUUGGAUCCACGACUCCAGACAUUAAUUGGAAGGAGCAGAGGCAUUACAUUCAGAGAUGCUAAACUAGCUAACAUGAUGUAUUCAUGCGAUGAUGAAUGUCCGAAUAAAGGCAGCUUGCUUUGUCAAAAUUAUGGUUAUCUUUCUCCAUACCAAGGAAAUUCUGAGCCAUGUACGUGCGUGUGCCCGCCGAAUACACAAGGAAAAAAAUGUGAGAAAAUUACGGGUGACUAUUAUGGAUCUCUGACAUGCGGAGGAGAUAUACAUCGAGAAGGUAUCAUCCAAAGUCCAGGAUAUCCAAGCAGAAAACCAAAUGACAGUUGCACCUGGAAGAUACAAGCGCCAUCUGGUAAGAAAGUUCGAGUGAUUUUCGAAGAUUUCAGUUUCCGCCCCAGAAUGGACAAACCCUCUAAUAGAUAUAAUGGCUACUGUGUAUAUGAGCAUGUUGAAAUUCGAACUUCCAAUAUGGACGAAGGAGACUUUUAUUGUGGUGAAGAUAUCUCCGAAGGUACUGAAAUGGUCUCGUCUUCCAAUACGUUUCUCAUUCUCAUCAGAGCCGAUUCCAAAGGCCAAGGAAGGGGUCUUAAAGCCAAUAUUAAAUUCAUAUAG